AUGAAGUUCACCACACUCGUUCUCCUCACGGCAGUCUUGCAACAGGCCAAGGCUCAGAACGUCAUUGCCGAUGGCGCCAUCGACGGCUUCUCCAACGGAGUCAUUUCCGCCCACAACUCCGAGAUCAACGACGCCCAGGCCAAGUCUGAGGUCGAUCAGCUCGUCAAGUACAUUGCCUCCAACCCUUUCAUCUACGACAUUCUUGACCAGGCCGGAAACUCGGUGCUAGUCGGCUUCGAUACUGACUCUUUCCCUGCCUUUGUCACAGCUGUUAUCAACUCUGCUAAUUCCUACGAAGAAUCUCCCGACUUUACCACAGCUCGUUCGCUCAUCUCUCAAUACCUGCCUCACUACAACGUCCAGCAGGCCAUUAGCAACGUCCAGAGCGAGAACACCCUGUACUGGAACCUGUUCACCGCCAAUGUGAAGUCUUUCACUACCGACGCUGGCGUCGCAAGCGCUGUUUCCUCCGGUUCUGCCCGUGUGUCCAAGCUCUUCUCCGACCUGGGUAUCUUUGCUACCCCCACAGGUGACACCUCUGCGACUCCUACUUCUGCCGUACCUACCACUUCAGCUUCUCCUCCUUCUUCCUCAGCCGCUCCUUCUUCCUCAGCGGUGCCUUCUUCUUCCGCCGCUCCCUCUUCUUCAGCCACUCCUACUUCCUCUGAAGCUCCUUCCAGCAGUGAAGCAGUCUCUUCUACGCCCCCUUCUUCCGAGGGCGUUUCUUCCACCGCCGUCUCUUCCACCGCCGUCUCUUCUGAGACUCCUUCUUCAUCCACUUCUCAGGGCAACCUCUCUUCGACUGGAGCUUCUUCUUCUCAGGCCCAGUUCACUUCUGAGACCCCUAUUUCUACCGAGACUGGCUCGUCUGCUGUCUCUUCUGGCUCGUCUGCUGUCUCUUCUGGCUCCUCCGCUGUCUCCUCCGGCUCUGAUGUCUCAUCUGAGGCUUCUGCCACCCCCACUUCCUCUGGCGCCUUCGUCACUGUGACUUCUGUUGAGUCUAUCACCUCCACAGUUGUCCAGACAAUCACCCACUGCAGCGACAACAAGUGUGUCACCCCCACCAUCUCUCUUACCACAGUUGUGCCCACCAACCCCGGCAUCACCACCAUCAAGACCGUUGUGGAGGGCGUCACGCUCACCAUAACCGUUCCUUGUGAUACCACUACAGCAGGUCCUGAGCCUCAGCCCACUACUGAGGUAGUUACCUAUCUGCCUACUACUAUUGUUGUGGGUUCACAAUCUUUGGUCGUGACACCCGAACCUGAAACCGUGACCUACUUCCCUACCACUCAGGGCAACAACAACCCCCAGCCUACAAACGGCGGUAAUCAGGGAAACCAGGUCACUACUGUUGUUGGUCCUCAGCCCACCAACACGGACUCUACUACCUACAUCACCCAGGUCAUCACCCAGACCCUGACCCACUGCGAUGGCUGGUUCAACUGGAACUGUGUCACUCCCACAGUCACGCUGACCACCGUUGUCCCUACAGACCAUGCCACUGCCGCUGUGCAGGCCGUCGUCUCGGGUAACACCUACACUCUGACAGUUCCUUAUGAUACCAACACCGCUCCUCGAGCACCCCAGCCCACUGCCAACUCUGGCUCCACUCCCAAUGUUCCUGCUGGAAAUGGUGGAAAUGCCGGCAUUGGCGGCCAGCAGAACGGUGGCCAGUCUACUCCUGCUAACCCUACUCCUGGUUCUCAGUCGGAGAACCCUAAGAACGGCAUUCAGCAGGCCAACGGCGCUUCUGCCGUCGGUGUUUCUAUUGCUGCUGCCGUCGCUGGUGCCUUUGUUUUCCUUCUCUAG